AUGAAACCACACAACAAUAAGCGAACCAUGAAACCAAUUCGACCUCUUCGACCAGCCCGAGGUAACAAAAACACUAAUUCCGAACACACUUCCGACCAACAACAACACAACAAAACUAAACAAACCAUUCGUCUCCCAACCAAUCAUCGAACUCUAAUCAAGGCAGCAAUCAUUGGAAAGCAAGGAAGUCAAAUUAAAUUAAUUUCCGAACUGAGUCAGGGAUGUAGAAUUAAGGUCGAGGAGUCGAGAGUUGUAAUUUAUGCUGCAAAUAAUAAUCAAAAAGUUGCUGGUAAUGAUUCUUUAUCAUCGAGUGGUAAUAAUUUGCAAAUUGCAGUGAAUUUGGUUCAAUCAAUUAUUAAUAAUGUAUUGUGUGUGUUUGAGCAUCCGAAUGUCAUUUGUUCAAUCUAUGAAUGUAAUGGUGAAGAAGAGAGGAUGAAAUUAACAAGAUUUGAAACUCCAAUUGUUCUUGUUUCAAAUAAUCAUAAUGAUGAUGAUAAAGAAGAAGGAGAACAGAGAGAAAAAGUAAAACAUCAUCAGAAUUAUUAUCGACUUGCUCUUGCUUCGGAUGAUAAUGAUGAACUGGCUGAUGAGGAAGUGAAAGAUCUUCAAUCAACAAUACCUUCUUCUUCUUCUUCAAUGGAAUUCUCUAAUAAUGGUUCUUCUGCAUCACAUGAAGAGCAAUUGCUAUCUAAUAGUAGUAGUAAUGGUGGGGAUAAAACUAGUGAUACAUCCUCAUCCUCAUCAUCAUCAUUAUUGGUGGAGAAGAGAUUGGUCAAAUCGGAUCAUCAAUUAUAUUCACAGAGAAAGGAGAGACAAUUAAUUUCAGAGGGAUUAUCAUCUGCUGUAUCGAACUAUUUGAAAUUGGAUCAAUUUGAAGGAAUGGAGAGAAAGCUUCUUAUUAAGGUUGGAUUGGGAAGAAAGGUCUUUUAUGAUGCCAAGAGAAAUGUGGAAAUGACAAGUAGUAUUUUGAAUAGAGUUUAUAAUUUUGAAUCGUUCUCCAAGUUGGAUAUUGGUUAUGGAAAGGAUUUAAAAUCUUCAUUUAGAUUGGAAAUGGGAGGAGAUUUUGCAUUGAAUUUGAAAGAAUACUUGUUGAAGAAUAAUUGGAAACACACAGAAACAAUCAAGAGUGCCACAUGUUAUGUGGUGAAAUUAAUGCAAGGAAUUAUGGGAAGUGCUGGUGGUAAGAGAAUGAGUUUCAAAGUAGUUCCCAAUGGAUCAUUGGCUAAAAUUGGAAAAUUAAAGAUUGCACUGGAUAAGCUUUCCUAUCUGGACUUUUGUAACUUGGAGGAGAAUUGCCCAGAUUUGAGAUUGAGAUUUGAAACUGAACAGUAUUCGAGAGAAUCAACCGAUGAAGAAUUCAACAAAUUCAUUUCAGCGCUCAAGUUCAAUGAGAAGGAUCAAGUCGACAUGUCUGGAGUUCCUCAAGAAUUGUUAGAUAUUUUCAGAAUUGACAGUGUUAGAAAUAAGGUUAAGGAAAUAUACUGCUUGAAUGAUUUAAAGAUUACGAUCAAUAAGAUUCUCUCUAACGGUAGAGGGUGGUAUGAAAUUUCCAUGUCUUCAUUACAACCUUACAAUGAAUUAUCAUCUUCUGAGGAUGUUGUAAACGUAUUGAGUACAAUGAGAAGUGUAUUGAAUGGUGUUUGUGGACCAAGAAUACAUUGUCCAAUAAUUUCGAAUAUAGAAAAUGUUAACACCACAACCAAGAAGGAAACAAAAACAUCUGCAAAACCUUCCAAAGAUUCAACACCUUACUGGACUGUUUUAGGUGUAGCUGCUUUCUGCGCUGCUGUGGGAUUUGGAUUGAACAAGUUAAUCCACAAGUAA